CCGGAAAAAAUUACCUUUGGUGUGACCUGGUGUGCGACGUGGUGUCACUGCUACUGUAGCAGUUGUAUUGUAGUAAAUGCAGCAAGACUGACGAUGAUUCGUGAUGAGACAACAUUGAGUUGUCCAUCCAGAUUUACAGUGUAUCAUAUAAAUAAGUAGGCCUAGUCAAAACUUGCAGUGAGUAUGGAUUGUUUGCGAAAGAGCCAGAAGGCAUCAUGGGAUAUGAUGUUACGUCAUGUAUCGAAUGCUGUCCUGUUUUUAGACAACAUCAGUGCUGAAUGUCUCCAUUGGUCUAUUGGAGUUAAUGCUGUUUUUGAUGCAGGAGCAACCAAUAUUAAAGAUUUCACCGCAUUUGAGUGUGGUGAUGAUGGUGAUAAGAAGGCUGUGUUUGUAUUGAGUAAUUUGCUCCUUGAUAAUGUACAAGAAACGGUAUAUGACAUAGUGAAAGCUAGCAGUUUUCAUGAGUGUACUGUCAUCAGCAGUACCAAGCCUGCUGUACUCGCUAAGGACGAAACUGCAGAUAAAAACAUAGCAUUUGAUCAAAUUCAGCAGCGUAUUCAGUACUACAUGAAUAAUAUGCAAGCUACCUGUGAUGUAUGCUUUCUACCGUUAAUGGAGUUCAGUAUCACAUCAAACCUGUUUCUGAUGCCAUCAUUGUCAGACUUAUUUCCUAUGCUGGUAACAGACAUUAGAAAGUUCAAAGGUUUAUCUCCAAAGGUUUGUGAAGAUGAUAUGAUCGAUAUUGUAAAUGAUGUCCAUUUUGAGAUGCUACCACUUGAUUUACAGGCCAAAUUCAAGAUGUUAAUUGUAUCACUUGAUAAUUUAUGUGAGAGGUUGGAAAUUAAUGAAGACAUCUACUGUAUUGGUCCAACCAGCCAACUGAUAGCCACAGAAUUAGCAGCUCUAUCAUCAGCAAAAUUAAGAAGAAGGUCUGCAGUGAACAGAGCAGCAUUAGUUGUUGUUGACAGAACUCUAGACCUUGCUGGUUCUGUCAGCCAUUCACACGAAACUUUAGCGGACAAAAUAUUUGGAUUGUUACCAAGACUGCAAGGACAUAAAAAUGAUGUCGCUAUUGACAUGUCUAUGCUGUGUUCUGCUGAAAGGUAUGUGUUUGAAAGUUUAAUGGAGGUGAAUCGGCAAAUUGUUGAUCUUAUAACAAAGGAAAAACUACAUUCAAAAGCUUCAAUGAAAAUGGGAAGAGGAGUUGAACUACUGAAGUCGAAUCUGAAUGUGUUUAGUGUUGAGAAAACUCCUGAGGUAUUUGAAAGGAACUGUGGGUUACUGCAGCUUAGUGUUGGUUGUCUACAAGCCUUACAACAUGAGCAAUAUGAGAAGCAUCAAUUUCUAGAAAAAAUGAUAAUACAAAGUUCAUCAAACUUUGAAGAUAGUAGGCCAUACACUCAUCUGCAUGAUGCAUACAGCAAACAAGAUAGGCAAUUUAAUGCAGAAGAUCUGCUGCGAAAUCUUAUUCAUCUUUAUUCACUACACGGCAACAGUGUCGUAUCAAAGGAUGAGGAAGAAGAACUGCAACAGUUAUUGUUAAACUAUAUAUUAAAAAUUCACCAAGCUGAUUCUUCACAUCCUUAUUUUGUAGGGUGUGAAAAUGACUCAAGAGGAGUUGAUGAUAUCUUUAACAAGUUGAAUGCAAUUGGAAUGACAAGGGACCACUUAAAGCAAUUCAGAAAUGUUAUUCAUGACGGCAAUAAAGCUUUUCCAUCUACCUAUAAACCUUUGUUGCAAGACUUAGCUGAGCAAAUUGUAGAUCCUUCAAAACCUGACUUGCCAGAUUUACAGCACAGAUCAACAGGGCUGCGGGAUCGAAUCAAAACUAGUUUCAGACUGUUUAUGAAUGUGAGUAAGCCACGCCCAAGUGACCACCCACUCUUAAUCAUCUAUGUGAUUGGAGGAGUAACAUGUUCUGAAGUCCGAGCUAUCAAUGAAGUUUCUGCAAAAACAAGUCAAGAGAUUCUUCUUGGAAGUACAUGUUUGCUUAAACCAACUGAUGUUGUUGAUAUGGUCUUCAGCAACAAUUCCAAUAAUUUUUAAUGCUAAACUGUUCAUAAUAAUAUCUAUAUUAUUAUAUUUUUGCUUAAUUUAAAUUAUUGUUUUUAUCGUAAUUAUACUUCUUAUAUGAGUACUAUUAAAAUAUUUAAUCAAAUUAUAAUUUUUAACUUGCUAUUUUAGUCCAUUUAAUCUGUGACAAUAUUAUAAUGAACCCAGAACUAAUUGCAACAGAAAUUAUUUUUUGCCGAAUAUGUUGCUGAAAUAUAUACAUAAUAACAUACUUAAAAGUCCUGAAAAAUUCAAUCGGGAACAUUGUUAAUUUUGAAUAUAUUUAAUGAGUUAACAUCUAACGGUUUAUUAUGUCACAUCGCACAACUGCUACGUUAAAGCUUAUGAAAGCAUGUUGUUGCUAACGAAAAUUGUUAAAAGUAUGAUAGACGCCUACAUUAGAACGCAGUUGAAACCUGAGAUAUGUGCAAUGUAGUUGUCCAAAAAGAAAUUGGUAAUCUGAGUAAAUAACUAAAAAUACCAUUUAAUGUAUUGUACAGCUAAACUGAAAUUAUGUAGAUUCAUUGGUAUACAAAACAAUAGUUUUACAUAUUCCUAUGUGUACCAAGAAUUUAGAUUAAAGAAGUAUUUAAUGGUAAGGUGUAUACAUUAUUGUGUUGAAAUGCUACCAAACUGAAUAAAUGAAAUACAUUAUUAUUAUUA